UUUGUCAUUUUCUUCAAACACAUUUCGUCUUUAGGAAAGAAAAAUUACCUUAUUUUAUCCUGGGGUAUUAUGUCGUGUCGGUAAAAAAUUCAAUUCCAAAUGGAGUAUCCAGAUCAGGAGGACCUGCUGGCCUUCGAGCGUCGGCUGGCUGAGGUGGUAAACACAGAGAAACGGAGCUCGUUCAGAUGGCGCCUUGUUAUGGGCGCCAUCUUCGCCUGCUCGGCGAUCAGUGCCUGUCACUGGGUUCGGGAUGCCAAGGAAAGCGAGUCGGUGGUGUUCCAAAUCAUGUCCAGUCACAGCGCCUUCGCUUUCUCCCUGGCAACCAUAUGCCUGCUUAUCCUGUACGGGUUCAAUCACGCCGUUAAGCAGGACCCCAGCAUCAUGCGUGAUACCCGAGAAAUGCUGUCUCCGUUCCGUCUCAACAUUGACAACCAGGGACGUCUCAUCCUAGUCCCACCACAGACAGAGUAGCCUAGCUUAACAUCCCCAAUGAGACACUUGAAUUGACAGUCCAAUAAACUAUCUUUAAAAAGA